CCUCUCCAGCUGAGUUUUUGCAACUCAGUCAGGAAAUUGAAUUUUCUCAAUCCCAUAAUCGCACAAACGAUGCAAGAUUGGUACCUUCAUUUAUGAGUUUUCAAUGGAAGGAGAAAAGGUAGCACUUCUCUUAGUAACAUUUCUUUGCUCGAGUUGUGCAUAUGAGGUCUCAGUAUCUUGUAUGAUGGCCUAUGAUGAGGGUGGUGCUUCAGCAGUUUUCAACUCGCCUGAAUGUCAGCUGUGGGAUUUUUUUACUGCUAUUAAAAAUGGAACAGAUAAUUGCCUUAUAGCUACGCAUCAAGGGCGUAGGAAAUACCAAGAAGAUCGUAUGACAUGCUAUCCUCGUGUUACUGUUCCUGUUUUAGGUGAAGAUGGUGUGGAGGAAGCUAGUGUGGGUAUAGCGGCAGUGUUUGAUGGACAUGGAGGCAAGGAAGCAAGUGAGAUGGCUUCUCAGAAAUUCUUUGAUUACUUUCUAUUGCACGUUGUUUUCAACACAUACAAGAAUCUCUUUUCACACUGUUAAGAGCAUGAAGAAGCAGGUCAAGAUAGCUUAAAAUUCAAAGUUCUAAUGGGGCAUUAUAUGUAGUUGAUGAUGAGUCGACACUUGGAAUUCUAGAGAAAGCCCUCUUGAGAACAAUCCAAGACAUAGAUUCAGAGUUUACACAGGAAGCUUUGAAGAAUGACUACAUUUCUGGAUCAACUGCAAUAGUUGUUCUUUGGAUGAAUGGGCAGAUAUUAGUUGGUAACCUGGGUGAUUCAAAAGCACUCAUAUGCUCAAGGAAAACUCAUUUUGAUCAGGAAAAUGAAGGUGAUUUGAUCACAAGACUUCAAGCUGAGGAACUAACGAAGGAUCACCAUCCUGAUAGGGAUGAUGAAAAGGCUAGAAUUAAAGCAGCUGGUGGGGUUGUCCUCGUUGUUGGCGUGCCUCGUGUCAAUGGUAUAUUGGCUGUCUCACGGUCUAUUGGUGAUAUUCGUUUGAAAAGAUAUGGAGUUAUUGCUGAACCAGAGGUCACGGGUUGGAGACGUUUGUCAACUGAAGACUGGUAUGUGGUGAUAGGAUCCGAUGGCAUAUUUGAAAGAAUGAGUCCCCAGGAUGUCUGUGAUAUUUUACACGAAGGACAUGAUAAGGAGAACAAGACAUCUAUCGACUCGUCCUCCUGUCCAUACUCUUUAGCAGACUGCAUUGUCCACAAUGCAUUUAGUAAAGGUAGUGGUGAUAACUUGUCUGUUAUUUUGAUUCCAUUGAGACAAGAAUCCCCUUCACUGGAACACAAACAACAGAUAUAAAAUGUUCUUCAUUUUUAAGCCUUCAAGUAUCAAAAAGUUCCAUUGCCGGGAAUCGAACCCGGGUCUCCUGGGUGAAAGCCAGAUAUCCUAACCGCUGGACGACAAUGGAGCUGAUUGUUGAACUUGUGCUUAAGGACUGAUAACUAUCAAAUGAGAACAGAGUAACUUCAUAGUGAUUGGACAUAUAUUCCCAAAUGAAAAAUUAAU